AAAUGGAAAAGUCAGAAACUCUCACUGCACCAUUUAUCAAGGGAGAUAAGCCGACAUAUCACGAGAGAGGAAGAACACCCAAAAUAAUUUACUCCUCACUGAAUGAUACUCCGACAUUGUCACCUUCUACCUCGUUCUCAUCGCUCGACUCAGGGUUUAUACAUGGCGGAUGUUCUACACCUCCAAAUGUACAAGAAUAUUUCACUACAAAUGGAAUGGAGGAAAGCAUCACGCAUGCUCACACUCAAGUGAAUCAAGUAGUUCCAGAAACUUCUACGCCGGUACUUACACGAGCGUCGAUUUUAAGGACAUCAAGUCAGCGUAUGACUUCUUGGAGUUCGUCACAAAAACAGUCUCUGGACAGAAAAGAUUCAGUACGUUUCAAACUAAGUCUUCCACAAGAGUCACAUGACAGUUCAUUUGCUGAUUCUGAUUCGGACAGUAACAUUGGAUUUUAUACGAUAAAUACUCAAGAUCCGAAGGAAAAAGUUAAACGUAAGCGAAAGGUAAAAGAAACCACUGAAGAUUCUGAUUGGCAACCCAUAGUGCAAAAACUUAAAGACAAUAAACAAUCCGUUCGGCAAAAAAUUAAACCAGGAUACGUGUCUCAAUUAAAAAAGAUGUUUUCGUCACAGGAUGAUUCACUUACUAAAGAUAUGGAUAUACGUUCAAGGACAAGUUCGCUCAAAAGACAUAAUAGUGCCAAUGACGUUUCCAACAGAUAUUUGUCUGUCGCUAAAACGACUAUAACACCUUCACAGAGGACUAAUUCAUUAACUAACAUUAACAAUAAAGCAGACGUUGCUUCGUUACGCAAAUCUUAUGACGAACGUGGCGAGCCGUACAUCCUACGUUCUAAAUCAACAGAGAAUCUAGCUUUUAAACCACAACACGAACAGGCCAGAUUUAACCCAACAGACACAUACGUCUCAGAUUUCAAGGUAAACUCUGACGAUAUCAUAACAGAAGGGCAAUAUCAUCAGACACACAAAGAUAAAGUGAACAUCAGUAACAGUAGAAAUAAACCUGACCAAAUACCCGAAAAUAGGAAAAGAGUCCGCCCAAAAGGAGAAUUGUCGGGAAAAUCACACAUGGUCAAUAAUACAAACAAUCAAAGUAUGGCAAGCUCUGGAAGGUUGUGGACUGUUGGAUCUGCUGAAAAUACUAAUAGUUUACAGCGUUCGGUGAGCAUGCACAUACCAAACAAACAUCAACUUGACACAAGGACGAACGAAGCUAUUAAUCGAACAGGUAGUAUGCGCUCAACGAGUGCAUUAAAAAAUUUCCUUCAGAAACAAUAUCCUGACGAAGAAGACAUUGAUAAAGAAUUUGAUCAAUCCGUAACAGUUGAAAUUUGCAAAGACGGAAAUAAUACAGAGGUCAAUAAUUUUGUCAUGCAACCUGAUUUUAAAGGAAAAGACGACUGGGAUAAAAUAACUCAACCUAAAACUAACAAUUACAAGAACGAAGCAGCUGACAAACUGUUUUCACCUCGAUCAAAUCAAAAUGAAAAGUCGACAUAUAGCCCUAGAUUAGUAGACACAAGCAGACAAACUGAACAUGGCGAAUUACUUUUCAAAAGUGUUCAUCAUACAGAAGUUAACACAGAAUAUAACAGAAACAAUGACAAUCUGACAGAAAUAGAAUCAAAGUCAUAUGAUAAAGCUCCUGCACAUAGGAGGUCAAUAUUACAACGCAGCGUUAGUGAACGAAUCGCAAACGCAAUAGCUGUAGGUAAAGAUAACAUUGAACAAAAACCAGUUGAAAGUAAAAACAGAAGUAACGUUACAGAGGAUGACUUGGAUCGGUCGAAAACUAAGAGUUUCAACAAUGGACCCAUAUUUCAUAGAGCUAGAAGCAACCAAAUAGAAAAUAGUCCAAAACCGAUCACACAAUCAGUUAAUGAUAAAAAAUCAAACUUUCAAAAACCUGUCAGCGAAAGAGCAAGAACGUCGUCAAAGCAAAAAGAAACAUCAAGUUCACCUUUCAACAGAACAGAUCCUAACAGAUCGGCAACAUCAGCUGAUGCGUUAAAAAGUUUCUUACGUAAGCGAUACCCUUCACGAGAGGACGAAUCAAAUAAUACAAACAUUGAUCAGUUAUCUGAUAGUCCGGACGAUAAUAAAGAGGAAACUGAAAUAGAUCGUCUUAUCUUUAAAUUUGGAAUAGGUCACCAGUCAGAACGAGACUGGGAUAAAAUAACGCAAUCUAAAAUUGAAGAACAUAGAGGUAAAUUUUCGCAAUCGUCGCCUUCCUCUCGUCAAAUGGAACCGAGGCUGAUCCAAUGUCCUAAUCCAAUCAUAGAAACUCAAUCAGUAUAUGAAAAUAAUGAAACCUUUCAAGAACGAGGAAUAGAUAUACCAACGCCUUUCCCAGAAACCCAGUCUGAUAGUACUCUUUAUAAACAUGAACACUUUCAAGAACAAAACUUAGAUUUACCAUUUCAACUAUUGGAUAAAUCACAUGAAAAUGCAAGCUAUCAACAAAAAGAUGCAGAAAGAGAUCUAGCGGAAAGAGAUCUAGCGGACACAGUAGAUUCUUGUUAUUUUUCUGACAACACUUUACCAGAAUUUUCAUCUCCACCGACAUCUUUUCGACAAGAAAAUGUCACUUCACGAACGACAACUCUACUUGGUAAAGACAUUUCUGAACACCCUGUUUCCUGUUAUAAACAAAAGUUAGAGCUGGAAAAACAAUUACCAAACACGAAACACCAGCCUAUUGGUGCUGAAAAACCGACGUCUCUUCCAGAACGACAUGAAAACGAAAAUGUCAGUAGUUAUUUGAAUGUUGCCCUGGAAUCACCAAUCGGGAAUGAUAAUUAUCUACACAAUCAAAAUACAUAUACACUAGAUGGGCCUGAACAAUCUAAUAGUAUUCAUUACAAUGAAUCAUGCUCAAUGAAAAACAGUGCUUCUAAUGUCGCUGCAGCUUCUAUUCAGUGUGUAAUAAGCGAGGAUAUUUUGACUUCGGAUGUGUGCAUUAACAGUGAAACCUGUAACGACACUAACGACUUAGGUGAUAUAUCCGGAACAUAUACACCGGAUUUAUUACAUCAUUCUACUACACAGGGACAUGCAAACAGUCGUGAAACAAAAACGUCAUAUUUAAAAGUUGAAUUAAGCUCUCCAAAGUAUACAGAACAGGUUGCUGCCCUGUCUGAAAAUAAUACAAAAGAAAUAGUUAAUGGCCAUGAUAAUAAUACAUAUGUGCACAAUUUAAAUUUGGAAGAAAACAGAGAACAACAAAUUGCUGAUAUGCCGGCUGAAAUGUCGGUAUUACCUUUAAGACCUACUGAAAAGUGCGAAACAAACGGAUCACAGCUUACACAUAACUCUAGAGAAUCGACAGUCGUAAGUAAUCAGACGAAGUGUUUCGCUGUUGAGGAAAAUAUCCUACAAACUGAAGAACGUGAUUCAUCUCACGUCUUGUAUCAUGAACAAGAUCAAAGAGUAAUAGAUAAUUUACAAUUGACUAUAGAAACUGUUGAAGAAAUUACCGAAAAACGCGAGGAGUCCGCUGAACAUUAUAGAAUAGUUGAACCGGAUAUUCCGUUAAAGUAUACUUUUGUAAAUGACAAUCUAAAUACAACUAAAAAUGAAGCUGUGGAUGUCUUACGUAUGGACCACAAUAGAACGGACAUAAUUAGCGAUGUUCAAAAUAGAACGGACACAUGUACCGAUGUUAUAAGUAUAUAUCCGAAAAAGACUCCUCCAAAGAAACCACCAAGAAAAAAGAAAUCUAACCCGAACUUUGAAACGCUACCUCAGGAAUUUAAAGAAUCUAUUGUAGAAACCUAUGUCGAUCCGUCACCAAGCUGCGUGGAUUUAACAGAGCCUCGUUUUAGUAUUGAUUCACCCGACAAAAGUGUUAAAUCUGCUUCUAUUAAUGAUAUCGAGCUUAAAAAUAAAAGUUUUGCUGAACAGGAUAAUGACAAUUCAAUACAAUUCCAAUCUGAUAAUAAAACUAAAAGUUCUAGUCAUAUUUCGUCUAACUCAAUCGAUAAUAAUGUGAAGUUAAAAAGUCAAAUAGUAAUUGAGACACCUAGAACAGGAGCACCACCAUCUCCUUGUUUAGGUGGGUUGGAUCGAAGAAAAGCUAGCAAUGCAGAUGUGAAUGAAGCAACAUUAAUCGAUAUAGAUAACGUAUCUUCUUUUAAAGGGGAGACAACUGCCGUUAAUACCACAGAUAUCCAUGGUAACGUAAAGACAGACUUUGCACAAGGAAAUUGUGGGUAUGAUAUAAGCCAGUAUAAAACUAACGGUACUAUGCUCAAAAAUAAAAAAGAGUGCGACAUUAAACAUGAUUCUCGUACGGAAAACGAUGUUUUACAGUUUACAAAUUCUUACCAAACUUCUAGUAAUAAUAAUACAAACGAAAAUAUAACUGUUGAUCUGACAAACACGCAAAACGUUUUAAGUAAUUCUGAUGUUGUUAGUUUUUCUAGCAAUUCUUCACCAAAUAAUCCUGAUAUUGCUAGAUCUACCGAUACACCUCCAAUGGAUGACGUUUUAAAAAAUACCGAACAAGAAUUGUGUCAGACGUAUCUAGACUUAAUGGAUACCUGGUUAGCAAAACGGACAAAGAACCGAAAGACCAAUAACAAUAAUGAUACAUACAAUGCAAAAUCUGAAAUAAACCAUGACAUUUCACAUAAACAUUCUGACCAAUCAGAAUCGUCAGAUAGUUCUGAGCAAGACGAUAGUUCUGUGGAAGGGGAAUAUAUAGUAGAAACAGCGAUUGCUAAAGAAAAUGAAGUUUUAACGACUUGUCGGGAAGACCAGACUUUUGAAAUAUUCUCUAGCGGUGAUUUCACUCAAUACGAUGAAAACGGCGAAGUUAUUCCUAAAGAAAUAGAUGAAAUUAAUGAAAUAGAAAAUAAUUGUGAUACAAAUGAGGUGGAAAUGGUUCAAAUAAGAAGCGAUGAGCAUCAGUUCGAAACUCCAUUGGAUGAUCCAGGAACACACGAUAAUAAAAACACUGAUAAUACAGAGGAUUUACGAUCUGCCCUGAAACUUAAUCUUGACUUUUUACAAGAGGCGGAAGAUGAAGAAGAAAUAGAUGGAGACUGUCAAACAUCUUUGCUUGAAGCUACAAAUAAAGUGGAAAAAUUACCUCUAACGAACAAUAAAGUAAAUAAACAUACACAAGAUUAUAAUAAUACGGAGCACAAAAGUAAGCGAUCAGUUACAUUUGAUGUAAAUACAACAGAAGAAAGUGAAGUCAUUCACGCGUGUCAUACCGCAGGCUGUGAUCAUGUGACAGAUAAUUUUACAGGUAAAACUUUUACACCUUUAAAUCCUCAUCUAGAUUAUAAGGACUGUAGAUUCUCGACAACUGUGGACGUGCAUACAACAGAUUUGGAUAAUAAAACAAUCGGUGGUGCAUCUAACGAUUCCAAAAUAGCGAUCAUACAGGAACUAAGGACUGGUUCUACAAUGCCAGAGAAAUCGUCGGGAAAUACUAAAACCUCCCAAAUGUCGGAAUAUAAAGGGGGUAAAAAGAUAACGACGAAAACAUCAAGCUCUGUUAAUAGUGAUGGUUUUAAUGAUGAAGAGCAGACAGCACAAAAACGGAAUCUUGCACUCCUGACUGAUGCCAUAUCUAAACUUAAUGGAGAAAAUAAUGACGAUAUUAUACCUGAAAUUAACCAGACGAUCACCAAGUUAAAUGGAGGGAACCUAGUGAUUACUACUCUCACACACCGGGUUGUAGAGGAAGAGGAGGAGGAUGGAGACAAGUCAGAUACUGCGUCACUUCCGGUAGUUUCGGAUCCGAGUAAUCAUGGUAAUAGGAAUCAAUAUAUAGUUCAAGAUCAUAAAGGGGAUACCUAUAUGAUAGAGGAUAUUACUGAUGAAAGCUACGAGUACAGCACCUCUGAUCAUAGAUACAGCUCAGAAUAUGAUAGUGCAAGUCCUAGUAGGGGCAGUCCGUCAUAUCAGAGAAUUCAUAAUCUCAGAGCUCAUGGAAAUUCUGGCGUUGAUUAUAAUACCGCUGAGGAAGUCAUACUUAGUUUGUAUAAUCCGAAUUCAAUGGAAUACACUGAAACUGACAACCGAUAUCAGUCGGGACAAUACACGGACGAAAGAUUAAGGCAAGGUCAAGGUCAACAGUUGCAGCCUUAUGGAUACAGUGACAGCUCCUCCAAUAAACGGACCACAUCGUACGAGUACGAAGAUGGUUGUGCUCCACAACAGAAUCCGUAUGGUUCAUCAUCCCUUAAAACUGUUAAACAGUCUUACGAAAUGUCUUCUGACGGUCCAUGGGUAACAGAUGGUAAAUCUAGUUACGUUGGCAACCAAGAUGUGAACAUGAAGAAGGAAGUGACUAAUCAAUCAUCCUCGUACGACCAAAGUGGACUUAACGCCAUGUCAGCAGCCUACAUGGUAGAGGCUAACUCUUCCGUCCCUCCGAUACCUCAGAUUAAUCCUUAUUAUGUUCAACAGCCAUUUAUGUUACCACAACUUCCGGUUCCACAAAUUCAGGUUCCUCAAUACAACCUUCUCCAGAUAGAACCUAUUCCACAAAAGGUAACUACAGGUGUUCAGGUGAUGACACAACCUAAAGAGGAAUAUCAAAUCGUUACACACAAAGAGGAGAAUCGUCAAAUCGCUAAACCGAAACAGGAACACACUAUCGUGGCUAGGAUUGAUGAAACUGACUCGAAACAGUUUCAAGAACGACCCGUGUAUAAAUCUGUAGCUCUAGUCAAAGGCCCUUACGAGUCACCAAAGUGGCAUACAGCAAAGAAACAUCGGCCAUAUGAACCACCGACAGACGAAGUUGACGGUGGACGAAAGUAUAAAGUUGUCAAAUCGAGUGCCUCUGAUGACGUCAAGGAGGAAACGAUGGAAUAUGAAGAGACAACAAAAACUAUAACUACAAUGAAAACAGAAAACGUCAACAACGUCACUGGUGGACAAUUUGUAGACCAGAAUCGAAAUGUAAGCUCUAUAGAUGUGGGACAUAAUCGACCGAUUGCUUUUAAUGGAAAUGCUGAGUUUAUGGCACCGAGAUAUUCCACCGAGAGAACUUUAAAUGUAGGACGACCUUCUACCGAGGGUCAAGGUCGCCAAUUCCGAUCAUCAGUCGAGGUCAAUAGUGGUAGUAGUGGUAGACAGAAAUCGUACGACCAAAUGGAUGGGUACCAGUCGAAACUAUCUAGCAUACUCAACCACCAGCAAAAUUACCAAGGAACGCCGGAACCAGAAAGGAAAACAUACACUGAUGUUGACCGAGACAUGCGCGUCGUAAGGGGUAAUAUACUGAUUAAGAACAAUUUCGAUGAGAAUCUAGAUGAGUACAAUGAUAACAUUAAUAUGUUUGACAACAAGUUUAACAUGAGUAAGACUAAUCCUCUAUACCAUAGUGAUGAGGAUAUAUAUAAGAGGUACGAGGAGGAAAAAAGGGUUCAACAGGAGAGAGAUAUCAGAGAAAUGGAAAAUAUGGCGUUUGAAACUGUUGACAGAUUUUCUAAAUCCAAAAAUGUUACUCGAAAGGCUGGUGAUAGUGAAAGACGAAGGGCACCGCGUUCUAAACAAAACUUGACCAAUCUACUGCUCGCCAGACUCUCCACAAUGGACGCCAAAGACAUUCGACAAUCCUUGGACGUCAAGCACCACCACGAGGAUAUUUAUGGAGAUCCACCACUUCAGCAAGCAGACGGCACAAGCUCGAAACUUAUCACGACUUCCAAUUACGACACAGUCACUGAAAACGUAGACUUGGAAAUGAGAGAUGGGAAAGCUAUCAUCACAGUUAUAGUGACAGCAGAGAGACUUACACCAAUCGAUUACGAGUUCCACGUUUGGCGGAAAAAUCAAGCAAUUGUCACGCGGGUUGUCGAAAUUGAUUUCUACGCAGACGAACAAAGGCGCGUGCUGUAUGAUCGCGUGAUGGAUCGAGUUGAUGACGAAGGGUAUGCAAACAAUAAAAGAUAUAGCCAUUACACAAAACGUAAACCAAUGGAGGUCACGUUAUCCAGUCAGGAUACACUUGAUUUGUUUAAUGAACUUAUGGAAGCUACGGGUGGGGAAGGGGAUAAAGAGGACAUCACAGUUAAAACAAAACGGAACAAAACUUUACUUCCGGAAAACCCGUUCUUAUACUGAUGUCAAAGCAAUACGGAACAAGAGCUUCCUGUGCGAACAUCUAUAUGUAUUUUUGAUGACUUUGUUUCGCUAUUUCGUCCUAAGUAUCAAUACUCAUACAGACUAUUUUAUGACAUGUUUUCUGUUUAAAUCGCAUGUUUUUUGGAUAGUGCUUUAAAAAGAUUUAUAAACCAUUGUACAUGUAUAUUUUUGAUGUAUGUGAUAUUAGACAAAGAUGUAUAUUUUAGCUAUGUUUAUGGUGCUAUGUAUAUAAAACACAAACAGAUGUAUAUUGUUAAUUCAUGUAUCAAUAUUUAAUAUAAAGAAUAAGGUGAUGCAAAUACGCUAUUAAUUAUUUUUGAAUAUUUAUUUGUAUAUAUGUACAUGAUAUAGGUUAUUUAUUAAAUGAUCAAAUUUUCGGAAAUAAUAACAAAUCUUUUAAAUUUUGAUAGAAUGUUUAAUUUGAAGAAUUUUGAGCUGCAUUUUUAAAAAAAAAUAUGCCUACAUACAUGCAUUUGUAGAAGAGACACAUAUCCAUUAGUCUAUAUGCUUUAUUUAGCAGGACAAUUCAAUUGUUGAAGUUAUAAAUUGUUAAAAUGAAAAAGUAAAAUGUCAUCUUGAAGUAGAGUAGCAUGAUUUUUUUUUAUAUGACACGCCACAACACUUGCCAAAUUGUACAUGGGUCUUAGGAUGGAUUGUUGUUUGUUUAUAUGUUAUAUACGGCAUUGAAAUCCUCGUGACUAUAAUAGGUAUAAUAUGUAUAUUGUAUUUGUUAUCAGAUUUUGUUUUUAU